AAGCCAGUCUCUGCUCAUUUCCAAAGGAGACUGCGUAAAGGAGGGAACACAUUUCCCGUCGACUUUACUUCAGGAAGAAUUUUUUUUUCCCACUUUGAGAAGUUUAACAAGAAGGAACAGACUCACUGUCUGAGGACUAAAGAGAACUGAAGAAGAAAAGAGACACAAACAGUGGAAGGACUUAUUUAAACAUUCUUUUUGACUGAAUUGAGAGCACGUGGCAGCCGGCACUGCCACUGGACCCUUGCACAGUGAAGCAGAGUGAGGUCAUUCAGUAAUUUGUUCUUCUUUGACUGAGUAGGCUCCGUGUUGCUGUUUACACUGCAAGAAAGCCCAAGCAAGCACAAUGGUUGCUGGAAUGCUUAUGCCCCUGAACCACCUGAGGGCCAUUUAUGAGCGACUAUUCCGGGAUGGUGUCAUGGUGGCCAAGAAAGACAAGCGUCCGCAGACAAAUCACCCUGAGAUCCCAGGGGUAGGGAAUCUGCAGGUGAUUAGAGCUAUGGACUCUCUGAAGUCCAGAGGGUUUGUUAGGGAGACUUUUGCAUGGAGGCAUUUUUAUUGGUAUCUCACUAAUGAGGGCAUUGUUUACCUGCGUGAUUAUUUACAUCUGCCACCUGAGAUUGUGCCCACUCCACUGCAGAGGGUGCGUCGUCCAGCUGCCACCCUGGCCGUUGUCCAGAGGGCCACACGCGUGCAGGCUGUAGAGGGCCCGACUUCAUAUGUUCCUAAACCAGGAAGGGGAGGUGCAGAGAUGCAGGAGGCUUUGUCAGAGAGGCAGGGAUAUCGUCGCAAGCAGAUGGGAACUGAAGAGGGAGCAAGGUCCAAUGAAAACUACUCAAGGUUUUUAGGUCGUUCAAUAGCUGGUGAUAAGAUGAAGACCAGUACAUCAUGGGAAUCCAGGGAGCAAGUCCAACCCAUGCCUCACAGAGGCCAAAAUGAAAGAGAAGUAGACCGAAGAGUCAGGAAGAAAACAACCACAGAUGCACUUUCCCACCAGCCACCUGCUGAAAUCAGCAGUGCACAGUCUCUAAUGCAGAAGAAAAUGAUAUGUGAGGACAGCAAGGCAGGCACUGAGGCAGCUUUGAGUAAAAGUACCCCAAAGGCCACAGGAAGUAGGGAUUUGCCUGCCCACCUGUCCAUUACAUCCAUAACACCAUGUGCAGUUGCAGCAGCCACUUCUGUUUCCCCGAAUAAAGCAGAGAAGGUAAAACUCAAGGAAAAGGUGUCUUCUGUUAACGUUUAUCAAGAAACUGCCUCUAGUAUGCCAGGUAAGGAUGCCUCAAUGCCUCCUUUAACUGAAAAACAAAUGGAGAAAAAAAACAAAAGCCAAAGAGACCAAGAAAGUUCAGGAACAUCGUAUUAAGGAUGAAAUACACAAAAUGGCU